UAUCACUCAUUCCCAAAAACAAAAAAGAACUCUUUCUUUGUUUUUCCUUUUCCCUAUUCAUCAUCUCCUCCUAAAAUCCCAUUACAAACAAUGAAGAAAGAAAUUUUUGACUAUACUCUUGUUCCAUUAGGUUUAUGUUUAAUGGUUUCUUAUCAUGUUUGGCUUCUUUAUCGCGUCAUAACACAACCUACAAAAACAGUAAUCGGGAUUAACGCCAUUAAUCGAAGAAUUUGGGUCAAAACUAUGAUGGAGGAUACAUCAAAGAAUGGAGUUCUUGCUGUUCAAACAUUAAGAAACAAUAUAAUGGCAUCAACAUUGUUAGCAUCAACAGCAAUUAUGUUAAGUUCACUGAUAGCAGUGCUAAUGACUAACAAGAACAACAAUCAAUCAUCUUCAGGUUUUGUUUUUGGUGAUCAGAGUCCAUUAGGGUUUUCGAUCAAAUUCUUUUCAAUCUUAUUAUGCUUUUUAUUAGCAUUUUUGUUUAAUGUCCAAUCAAUAAGGUAUUACAGCCACGCAAGUAUUUUAAUCAAUGUACCAAUGAAGAAGAUGAAGAUGAGUAGUACUAAUUCAACAACACAUCUAACGCCUAAUUGUGUGGGUAGAGCUUUGAACAAGGGUAGUUAUUUCUGGUCAUUAGGUUUAAGAGCAUUCUAUUUUUCUUUUCCAUUGUUUUUGUGGAUUUUUGGUCCUAUUCCUAUGUUUUGUUCUUGUAUUUUCCUGGUUGUUAUGCUUUAUUUUCUUGAUAUCACCUUUGAAUUUGGGUUGGCUGUUGGUAAUGCUGAUGAUGAAGAGUAUGAUGAAGAAGUAGCUGUUUGAGAUUUGAGACAAGAUAAUUGAAACAUUUGGGUCUUUAUCCUUGAUAGAGCUGUGGGUUUGUGACACUUGGCAUUUUAGAGAUACUGAAAACAAUGAAGAUUCAACCCAAGUUGAAUCAAGUUGCUUAAAAUUUUUAGUUUUAUUGCAAUAGAAAUCUAAUUCCAAGGAAUAUUAUGAUUUGUUUCUGUGAUCUUGUUUAGUUGAUAAUUAAUAGUUACAUGGUUUUCUGAAUAGAUGUUGGUAGAACUUUGAUAUUGGCAGAGGACUCAUUGAAUGAUGCUGAGAUUGAUAAUAAGAUGCUAAAGUAAUGUUGUUUUGGGCAUAAAAUUUGAGAAUAUAUUUUUAUUCUAGUACUAAGUUCUGA